AAACUACUACCACCACCGUCACUUCACUGCCCCGGUAUAUAAAAACGAGGGCUCUAAGCGUUUGCGCCAGGGACACACAUACCGGUAGCGCAUUUGUGUUCGAGUGAACUCGGCGAGCUGUACGCACACGGAACCACAUCAGUCGUUCGCGGACUGCUCGAACUCCACGAGGUAAUGCAAAUGGUGUUUCAAGUAAAUUAAGUUUUCAACCUCGCACUUCACAGUUCACACUAUAUAUGCGGUGUAUUGUGUUUACCAUCAAGUAACAUAUUAUUCUUAAAUUACUGGAAACUCUGUUACAAUUCAAUAUUGAUCAAUGUCAGUACAGUUUUCAGAUAGACUAUUGUUCAACUACGAAUUGAGUUUAUAACAAAUACCUGUCGUCAUAAUGUCUACUAGUCAAAGUGAUACUGAAUUUCCAGCUGGCAUAGAUCAUCAGAACAAAAAGUUCACCACCAUAAUUAUUUACCCAACGGUGACACCAGAGAAAAUAAUCAUACCAAUGGUGUCGUGCAUUUUGGGUUUUCCGUUGUUGGCGCUAAUGGUGAUAUGCUGUUUAAGACGUAGGGCCAAAUUAGCGAGAGACCGAGAUCGUCGAAGAAAUUUGGGAUUUGCUCGUGCGUGCACCAGCGACCAAGGAGUGAUAUCUCUAGCAAGGUUUAGUCCAAUGCAUAAAAUCGGCGUAUACCUGGCUGCGGGAGCGAACGCCAGUGGCGGUGCGAUGCCGUCUCCGCUGUCGUCCGGCGGUCGGAAUCACCCGCUGCGCAGUGAGAGCCGGUCGUACGCGUCCUGCGACCUUGAUCCCGUCAUGGAGGAGCGGAGCGAGAUGGACAACAGCUGUAGCAGCGUCGCCGGGGUCGGUCCGGUGGCCGUGGCCGGGGCGGUGGCCGACGACGGCGGCGUAGUCAGCGGUGGAGCAGUGGAGGCGCUCGUGUGUCCGGACAGCUAGCAACACGUGCUGGCCAUCGCCAGGAUAUCGGUGGCCGUACAGACGGACAAGCCGCCGCCCAGACCGGUCAGGUCACCACUGUGGAACACCCUCACCAACAACCCGCCGGACGAGGCGGUCAGCUGACAUACGGCCCGGCCCGACCAGCUCAAGGCCAUUGCGAUCAUAGAGCCUUGAAGGGUUCGCCGACUCACCCUCGUCCUGCACUCAUCCAUACACUCGCCGAUACGUAAAACCGUUUCCACGGGGCGGUAUUUGUACAGACUUUAUUUUUCGUCGUCUUGUCGUCGUAUCAUAUAUAGUAAUAUAUAUAUAUACCAUAUUAUUAUACGACACGAUAUAAAUAACUUCAAACGAUGAUAAUGCCAAAUAUGUUAAUGUGCUAUAUAUAAUAUAGUGUUAUACACUCGUAUCUUGUGUAUACGGUUUAUUGUGAGAAACCGUUCGUGUAUAUUAUGUGGAAUUAAGUUUGUAGGAUGUCCGGAAAUAUGUAUGUAAUCAUUCGAACGUGUUAUGUUUUACGGUUUACCGAGUUUGUAUUUAUUAUUUUCUUUUAGCUCGUGUGGUUAUUAUACUAAUCAAAACCUAACCUAAACGACAUUAAAUUAAAUACAUUUUUCACGAGCAUCUUAAUGAUAUUCAAGUAAAUAAUCGUGCCAGGCAUAAAUAAUUAAAAUAAUGAUAAUAAAAUGUCUCGACUUGAUGAAAUUCCCGACAUUAUUAGAGUGUGUGAUAAAUAUACAACUCCGUCUCCCUUCUACCUGUAUUUCUUUCAAAUGGAAAUCGUCUACGCGCGGAAAAUUUCAGUUUCUGUCUGACGGGCAUAAAGUUUAGCAAAUAAACUUUUCAAACAAACAACCUAGGCCACGCCCACGCAUACGCGUAUAUAUACAUACAUACACUUAUGCGUGUAUGUAUACCUAUCGAAACCGUACCCGACUCUAUUUCUACCUUCGGCCGCGUCUGUGCUUUACACGUCGUCAUCGCCGUCCAGUGCCAUUAUAAUACUACUAUUCAUAUACACAUACACGUACACACACGCAUACAUAUUAUAUACAUAUAAUUGCUUUUCAAACUUUUAUCGACCGGAUACCGGAAAUCAUGUUUGUUUGGAUGACGGUAACGAAUCGGAUAAAUCUUAAAAUAAACUUCAAAAACUAUCCGUUCGGACGAACGAAUAAACUUACUAUUUCCUCUUUCGUGAUAGAUUGUCACGGUGUAUCAUUCGUGACUCGACAUUAUAUAGGUGUAUACAUAAUUUUUUUUUUGUUAUUAGGUAUAUAUUGCAUAUAGCGUUUUGAGAUUUAAUUUUCUCUGAGAUUUAUAGGUCGCUACUAUAGGUAUGUUAAGUAACUAUAAUACUAAUCAAUACUGUACUAACUAUAUUCCUUAUGUACUGGAUACCUACAUAUUACAUAUUUUAUAUAUUAUUUUAAACAUUCAUAAUAUGGGUCCAUUAUUUUUUUCAAUGUUAAAUACAAUAAUUUUAAAAGUUACUAAAUAAUAAUAAUAUUAUUAUUCACUAAUGCACUGUGAUGUAAUUUGACUUCGACAGACGUUUAACUAUAAUAUUAUCAAGAGUUUCGACGUCAAAUAAUGUAACUUGACAUUAAUAGAAAUUAUUAUUUCUGAUCGUCAUAGUUUAUUAUAAUGUCGAUGUUGUAAUAUUAAUUUUAUGCCUUCGCGUCAAAGCCGAUUUAUUUUGACUACCUUCGAGCCGUACAAUAGAAACGCAUACGUACAAUUUCGUUGUCGAAGAAGGGUACGCCAUGCAUCCGACAAAACCUCUUACAACAAGUGCUACUCAAAAAGUCGUUUUUGUCUACCAAAUAAAUUUAAUAAUAUCCUCCAAGUCUAUAUUAUAAGAGCCUGAAAUCCCGUAAUGUAUUAACAAACAUUUAUACAUCUAGUCUCUGGGUAAUAGUAAUAAAUACUAAUUUGUUGAAUUGGCGUAUUAUCUUACUCUACAGUUGUUAAACUACUUAUACAAUUGUAUCUAAAUACAAAUGUCAUAAACAUUUAUCGAUUAAAUACAGUAUAUAAAAUACAUUUGAUUAUAAUGAAUACAA